GCGGGUGUCCGCGCGCUUGGCGACAGGGGCCUCAUCGAGGCCGUCGGCCUUCUGAGGGCUGCGCCGCCCCAAAGCCGACGAGGAUCCACCAACAUGGCGGCAGGCCCGCCGGCACCGCCAGGAGGCGGUGGAAGUGGUGGUGCCCCCGGGAGCGGCGGUGGCGGCGGCAGCGGCGGUGGCAGUGGAAGCAGCGGCGCUGGCGGAAGCGGCGGCGCCGGCGGAAGGGGCGGCGCGGCAGAAGCGGCGGCAGCGGUGGGAGCACAGGCGGCACAACCGCCGCCGGCAGUGGCUCGGGUACCGCCGGCGCCACGGCUGCCUUCCGCCGGCCUCGUCAAGCCUUGCCGGAGCGCGCUGGCGGCGGAGGCGAAGACGGACGCCCCGCCUGCGGCAGCUGCGCUGGUUUGUACCGGCGCUUGUGCUGAGCGGCGGCUGCGCCGCAAUGACGGGUCGGGCGACGGGAGCCGCGGGGACGGCGGCGACCGCUGGGCUGUGGUGCGCCAGCGGCCGCCGCUACCACCGCGCGGCUCCGGGCCCGCCGCUGCGGGCACCGGCUCCACCUCCAUGUCGUCCAGGCGCCCCUCCAGUGGCACUGGCGCCGGCGAGCGCUGAUUGCCCUUCUACUCAACUAGCAAAUUGUUCCUGUACAUGCGAAGGGACUGGAUGGGAGCGUGGGUGGGGGGCUUGUAGAUGAAAGGGCGCCGGUGUCUGUAUGAUAAGCUAGGAGGCUAGUACGGUGCAACAGCGGUGCAACCCGGCCUGCAAGCUCUGGCUCCGUGUCUCCAAAUUUUCCCGCCAUAUGGGCCCCUGAUCCCAUGGACUGUGUGCGAUGGCACGGGCCUCACAGGCACAUGGCUAGCAAUGCAGCGCGGACAGACCAAGCGCACCAUCUUGAGCAAGCGCAUCGUUUCACUUUCCGGGCUGAGCCCCCGAGCUUAGCUGUUCGCGGGGUGGCGAAGACCACCAGGAACACCCCUGUCCGCCGUUCCUGCUGUUGUUGUUGGUUACAAGGUGGUAUGCAUGAGCAUGCGUGCUAUCCUGUCCCCGUAAGUACCAGUGGCCCGGGCCGGUGGGCCCUUAUAACGUUUGUGACUUUGGGUAUGAGGCCAAAGGGUUGGGACACUGUGCCGUCUGCGCAUCCUUUCCUAUCUCGGGCUGUUGGUGAAGGCAUGGUAUUGCGCUUGCCGUAUGACGCUGAUUCCCCGCCUCCCUCGCCGUGACAGGUUGUGCGUGGUUGGUGGCUUUGUGUGUGGGCAGGAUGCACGUGUGGGCAACCGUUCUAGUACCUGGACGCUUGCGCCCUGGUUAGUUCGUGCGCUGUGCGUGUGUCCUGCGGCCUGGACGUUUGCCGGCACUCCUGUGCCUAGGCUUGUGGCGUUGAGGCACAGCGGUGGGGCUCUGGCGGGUUGAGGCUUGGCUAGGACUCACUGUGCGCGGAGUCACACGGACUUUGACCGCGGGAGAGUUUGCAGCAAAGUCGGGGUUGGUGGCGUCAAGUUGGGCCCUGAUAGCAUGUGAUGGCUCGGCGUCUUAGGGUGCUGGGACUGUCCCCUCUGUAACAUCCGCAUCCUUAUCCCGUGCGACAAAAUAUUUUGCUGUGCCGGAGCCAAAACGUGGGCUGGGGCAACAGCAACCUCACCCUGCACGCUGUAACAGUGGCACAUCCCGUGCGGCGGAAUAUUUUGCUGUGCCGGAGCCGAAACGUGGGCUGAGGGCAACUGCAACCUUACCCCGCACGCUGUAAUAAUGGCGCAUGCCGUGCGGCGUAAUAUUUUGCUGCGUAAUAUUUUGCUGCCCUGGAGCCAUGGCGUGCGCAAUGGUAAUGGUUCAUGGUCAAGCUGUGUGUUUGUGUGGAGUUUCUGUUUCAAGAUGGAUGCACGGCAUGAAUGGGAGAUUGACAGAUUGCUGACACGGCCUGACACACCCCUGGCCUGACACGAACCGUGCAUAGGUCGGGGGCGGAGCCCCCUGAAAAGAUUAUGGGGAUGGAAGAUCCGGCGGCAGCGUAUGUUGACAAGUGUUUCCCGGUCCACAGUCUGAGGCGGAUAUGGAUGCGGAUGUUACAGAGGGGACAGUCCCAGCACCCGAAGACGCCGAGCCAUCACAUGCUAUCAGGGCCCAACUUGACUCCACCAACCCCGACUUUGCUGCAAACCCUCCCGCGGUCAAAGUCCGUGUGACUCCGCGCACAGUGAGUCCUAGCCAAGCCUCAACCCGCCAGAGCCCCACCGCUGUGAGGCCCUAAGGCGAGAAAUGGGGCAUUCCCUGAGAUGCAUUCUCGCCGCGAAGUCAUGCGCAUCAGUGUGUCCGUUAUUGCUGACUUCUGGGGCAGGCUGCAAUCGUAUGUCACCCUCGGCCUCCGCCCGAAAGCCUGGGCCGAGGUGCCUGCGCACCACCUGUUCCUCUCGCGGGGUGCGGGUGACUGUGUGCGGCUAGUGUUGCCUGAUGACGUGGGCUCCCCGCCCCCCUCGCCUUAAUUUGCUGAUGGGUGGUGGGAGCUGUGUGCCUCUGGUGUGUGCGCCUUGGGUGACGAGUGUUGUGGAAACGAAUGCACUGUACGUAGACCAGAGCGGAUGGCGGAGUGGGCUUGCAGGCGGCACGAGAGUAGGCAGUCAGUAGCGCAAGUUGCGAAUUCACAUGUUACCUCGUAACCGACGGUAAACGCUGUGGACGGUCGCGCCCAUGGCUGGCUGACGGAAAGCGGCUGCUGUAUUGGGAUGGCUGGGCUGGACGACGGCGGGUAUGGGGCGUCGGCGUGGGCGUCGCCGGACUACGUGCCCGGCGUACCUGCGUUGACACCUCGCCGGUUUGAUUGCGCUUCGUGCGCUAGUGCGAUUUGCUGUACGUUGGUGGGGCUUUGGCGGGCCUUGGCUUGGCUUCGACUCACUGUGCCGCUGCCGAGACACGCUUUGCGCGAAGACCUAUUGCACGGUUGUGGAAGGUCGGUAGCCAACUGGGGGGAGGGUGGUUUCCCUUCGGGCCGGAGAUGGUCCCUCUUGACCUGGGUGCUGGGCACCCUUGCUUGGUCGGACUGUCCCUUCUUUGUAAUAUCGCAACCAU